AUGUCUGCUCGCCACGCAAACAGAUCUCGUCGACCUCAGCAACCGGAUAGGGAAAGAGGCAGUGGCCGACCACGAGGUGGAUUCGGUGACAGCGAGCGAGGUCCACUCUCUUAUGGACCAGUCCCCUCUACUCGACAGGUCAAUGUUGGUUCACCUGUUUCCAUCGUCUUGAAAGUGGAUCAGCCAACUGGGCAUCAAGUACAAGGAAUCGUCGCUGAGCUUCUGACCCGAGGUGACCAUCCGCGAGGAAUCAAGGUACGACUGCAAGAUGGAAGAGUUGGCAGAGUCCAGAAAAUGAUAUCUAUGGGAGUUAGCACAGUGACGGCUGAAACAAUCGCAUUCUCAAGGAGCAGAUAUUCGGACUUCAGAGCUGAUGCAACCGAGGAGCCAGAAAGAGAGGCAAGCCUUGCAGAUUAUGUCGUCAAAGACAAGAGGAAGAGUAAAGGACUGAAAGGAGGUAGCACUGCAACCACAGGCCCGGACAAUGGACACAACGGAACCAUUCAAAACGCUGAUGAUUCCUCGACUAUAUCGCCGACAGUCACUUGUCCUGUUUGUGGUGAUUUCCAAGGAGAUGAGGCUGCUGUUGCCCACCAUGUUGAUGGCCAUUUUGCUUGA